UCAUGCCCCUUGGGGUCUCCCUACCAUUGACAGUAAUCUGGCCGUGCAGUAAAUUUAAUGAUCUUACUUUUUUCUACGUGUCCUACGCAGCAUCGAUCGACAUUCCUCUGAUAUCUAGCCCAUUUAUUUAUCAGGGAUCCGAUGGUGACAUUCAUGGCCCGUAUUAUUCUCAUGUAAGUUGAAAUAUUUCUUGGAUAUCACGCCAGGUUUCGUAACUACUGUACUGAGGUAUACAUAGAAACGCGUACCGGACGGCAUCACUGUGAGGAUGCAGUCUCCCCUGGGCCGCAGGUCGACAUGCAGCACCAGACACUGGCUUCUUUAACAACAUGCAGUUUAAAUGGAACAAUGGGACAUCGUCUGUGACCUCCGUCCCAGAGACCACGAGGAACCCGUCCUUUGAUGACGUGCUUGUGUUUGUGUUGGUGUUCGUGUCUGCUCUAGUGGUCAUCUUCAUCGUGUGUAGUGUCUACAAAGUCAAACUGUGGUACAGGGGUCAACAUGGAGGUACAGGUACUGCUGGCGGUGAAUCCGAUCAGACUUACGCAGACGACCCCCCUCCUUACCCAGGGAAGAUGUCCCGAACGAACAUCAAUUAUCUCCCUUCCUAUAACUCUGCCCUCCAAAUGUCCUCCUUGUCGGGUGGACAGGCUGAGGAGACUACGAACAGACCCGAAGGUAUCCGAAAGGACCAAAAUGAAACGUCACUGACGGUUCUAUCAUUAUCAGCCAAUGGGUCGCAAUUAGCAAUACCCGUGACAGAGGAACCGAGAGCCAUUUCUCCUGUAAGACAUAACAGUAGACUUCAGUCUAUAACGGAAGAGAACACACCACGACUUCCGGUUAUAGAGGUAUCUGACGUGUCGUCAGAAUCUCGAUCGCCUGCCGUGUUCAUGCUGUGAUGUGCCGCAUAAUCGAUAGGAAAAGUGUGUAAAAAUUAAACCAUCAUCAACUUUUAAAGCCUUUACAACAGGAAUAGGAUAAUUCUUAAAAGGAACAUGCCAUAAAGAUAAUCCACCCCCGAGGAGUAUAAUGUGAAUAUCUUAACCUUAAUCAAUUGCUGGAUCUAGUCAUAGUCUUUCUAUAACGUCGGUCCAGGAACAUUUGUGAUAUGGUCGAUGAAAUCCGAUGUUAUUUAGCCGUCAAUAUUGCAUUGUGAUACCUGUUUUGAGAAACAACAAUAUCGCCUCGACGUUGUUCGUAAUGAUAACACUGAAUUGGAUAUUCUAUACUUUACAUUAUGUUAAUAUUUUUUUGAAUAAAACACAUUUCCAUAGAUA